AUGGGCCACACGCUGCCAGCGCCGUCUGCGGCGCAGGUUAUCUUGGCCUACGCCAGCGAAACGUCUAGCGGCGUUGAGGGCUUCGUGGACCUGACUUUCCUCGGGCAGGAGGCCAUCGAUGACGACCAGCAAGGCAUGGACCUCACCGUCGAUGAGGCGCGAGAUAUAAUUGGCGACUGGCCUCUGUCCUUCUCGAGCAUUCCCGCAGACAUCUUCCACAGCGCCAUGCGGGACCCGUUGCCUGACCCGAUCGUACUCGGAGACCUCGGGAGCAAGUUCACGGCCGCCGUGACCAGCACGCCGUCCGUCGUCCUCAACGGCCACUUCAUUGUGCUACUGUGCGGGGACACGGGGCUAAGGGACUUCCACAUUUUCCUCGAGCACUUCCAGAUCGAGGACAGCGGCAGCGGCGUCCGCGGCGGCGGCGGCGGCUCAGCUGUUUUCGGCUUGGACGACACGUGGGGCAGCGCGAGGCCGUUGUGGCACAAGAUGGAUCAGGAAAUUGGGGACGCCUUUCAAGACAUGCUGGUGGAGCAGCAGCUGCAGCAGGAAAAACUGCGGGAGAAGGAGGGGGUGGGGGAAGGAUGCAGAACGGUCCCGGAGGGGCGCCGGUCCUACACGUCUUCACGCUCUUCUCCUUCUUGGCUGUCGAGCAGUUUCGAGUAUUUUGCCUCCUCGUGGUCAACGUCCCACGAACCCAUCCCCGCUGCCGUCACGAAAGAUCAAGCCGGGGGCGCGGGGGCCGGGGAUGGGGAAUGGGACAUCGAACCAAUAACAACUACGUCCUCCGCGUCGGCGGGUCGUGCCGACGCUUCUCUCUUCGAGGCCCUGGAUGAGCGCGCCGCGCUCUCGGAGGAAGCGGCGGCGGCAGCGGCGGCAGCCUGGCGAGCCACGGGAGGAGGAAGCAGGCUCGAGGAGGAGGGGGAGGAGGACGAGGAGCAGGGACGGACUUUCGGGGGUGAAGAGUCGAGUGUCUUCACCGGUUCCCAUGACGCCGGCAGCGAAAGCGGUGGCGGCGGUGGCGGCGGUGGCGGCGACGGUUCUCCUCCCGAAGAUGAUUUUGCGUGGUCCGAGGCAGAAGAAAAUUUGGGUGCUGUCACUGAGGGCCCUGGGAGCGGGGGUGCCGGAGGGAUACGUGAGGGCGUCGCCACCGAAGGUUCAGUGUCCAAAGCGGAGGUGGAAGCCGCGGCGGCAGCGGCGGAGGAGGAGCAGGGGGAGGAGGACGAGGAGCAGGGACGGACUCUCAGGGGUAUAGAGUCGAGCGUCUUCACCGGCUCCCAUGACGCCGGCAGCGAAGGCGGUGGCGGCGGUGGCGGCGGUGGCGGCGGUGGCGGCGACGGUUCUCCCCCCGAAGAUGUUUUUGCGUGGUUCGAGGCGGAAGAAAAUUUGGGUGCUGUCACUGAGGGCCGUGGGAGGGGGGGUGCCGGAGGGAUACGUGACGGCGGCAGCGGCGGUGAUGGAGGCCGAUGCGGGAAGCUCGGGAGAGGACCCCGUGGCUUUUUUUCCAGCGAUACAUUGAUUUUGGACCAAUCUGAAGCAGUGGAUAGGGAAAAGAACUUCGAGACUCGUGUUGAGGAGACGGGGUUCGGUGCUCAAAAGGCCAUCGAGUCCCGCGAACUGCGGAAGUGA